AUGUCACAUUCUCCCUCUCACGAUGCCCAAGCGAGCGAUGCUUUUCAAAAGCUUAAGGAAAUAUGCGUACCGCUUCUAGGAUGCUCAAGACUCACGCGAGCGAAUGAACGGCAGCUUCUUGCAUUGCUGGAUGCACUUGUGACACGUCUCAAGUCGUUGUCCGAGCCCCAAUCGCUACUGAAUCAAGCCCUGAUUCAAUACGUGUUUUUUCCUAUCUCCAGCAUUCUGCAAAGAAAUGACCUGCAAACUGUACCAGAUCAAGUGCUCGAGCGUAUUUCUUCAGUCCUCGAAGUUCUGUCCAAAACAUGGUGGUGGACAUGUGAUGUACAAACAUGGGAGCAGCUCGUUAUGCUGUCGGGUUCGAACCUCUUUCAAGCUGGUCCAAAAUUUCGGAAGCGCGAUGAUCAUACGAAAGAGGCUGCCGCUCGGUGUAUUCUCCAACUGAUGCGGCCAAGAAGUCAAGCUGAAGCCUCCGUUAUGCGCAAAACUCCACCCUCGCAUCCCCCGGAGGAGAUUUUUGGGCGGUUCAAAAGCCACGCCCAAAGCCCCAAGUUCUUCCCAAUACUGGGUCAACUUGUGCACAAUGUGCUCGACUCAGUCACCAGUUCACAUCGGCCUCUACAGCUGGUAUCACUUCAACUACUGAACAUUCUCGUAUCAGAGUACUUUGGUGCGAAUUAUGCUCCCAUUAUUUUGCCUGGUGUCGUCAGCUCGAUGUGCAAAGUCAUCCUUGGCAAACAGGCGGGCGUGAGUGGGUGGCAGAACAGUGAAAUCUGCGAGGCAGCUCUUCUCGUUAUGAAAAAUGAAAUACUGCAUAGCUUGGGAGAUGACGUCUGUGUCGCACAGGGUUUGGUUCGAGGCAUGGCCAGUGGUAUUGAAGAGUUAUCGAAUAUCGUCGGUCCGAAUGACAGUAUUACCACAUCGUCGUACCUGGGUGACGAUAUGUCAUCUUCGCGGGAGACACCUGGCCCCGAUCCAAAGUCUCCAGGCUUUGUACGGUCGACGUCUUGGUUAACUGCUAUGGCAUCUCAGCUCCACAUCGCUCUUAACACUCUCGCACCAUUAUUAAGGCAUCCAAACGCACAGGUUCUCCUGGCCCUCGCGAAUUUCUCCAAUAUGAUAUUAGGGAAGACCCGACUCACUCUGGUGCCCAGCCAUGCCCUCCUAUUGUCCUAUAGCUUGACACUUUCUGUCUCUUCAUAUUCCGAGGUGUCAUUACUAGCAAGGAACGGUUUAAUUGAUCAAUUGGCAAACGACAAGGAUAGCAGCAUCGUGCGGCUCAUACUUGAUAUGACGCAAACGAACAUGAACUCUCUCCCCCGACUCAUCCCCACUCAUUCCGAUGCCAAGGUGCAAUACCUUGCCUCCCAGGUAGAAGCAGUCUGCAUGAUCGCUUCCUCUGGCUCAUCCUCCGCGAAAGCCCUACGUUCUUCUAUUCAAACUCUACUGGGUCCUACCGGUCACGUCGAGAAAUGGGGAUUCAGUCUACUCUAUGUGCUAGACUUCUCUAUACCAUCGAUCAUGCCGAUGACUACUGCCACAAGCCAAUUCCUAGGGGAUAGCUCAAACGAUACACUCGAGCCCUCUCCUAUCCCGUUUCCAAGCUUAGAGCUUACGCAGCUAAGAUCGACCAACAGCAGCAGCGAGCUCGAGGCUUUUAAGUCUCUUGAACAAAUGCUUCGCGAAUUAGCACGUGCAGGGGGUGAGACUGCCUUGUAUACCCUUGAGUGGUUUGUGGAACGGGGAACAGGCACUCGUAAACUGCAAGAAGCUAACGCGGCGCUUUGGGUCGCAGGUCGUUUGUUAGAGGGUAUUGGAGGCGUCACUCUCGGCGGCAACGAGAAGGGCUUGGAGCAAAAUGUGCUCCAGAAGCAAGGGAAGAAGUUUUCUAAAGCGUGUCGAUGGAUCGUGCGGGCGGUUACGGAAAACUUAGAUACAUUUCAUGAUACGGCUUCGACGGCCCCAACAGACAAUCACGAGAUUGAGGAACACCAAGGAAGCAAUACGAUCAUUGAAUACAAGAAAGGGAUGAAUGAGCUUCAAACCUUGCUCGAUUCAGACAAAAAACGAAGUGGCCCGAGCGCCUCUGGCCCUUCGAAAUCUAUUAUGUUACAGGUCCACUCUGCGCUUUUGCUUCACCUCCUUGCCAUCACUUCAUCAGUACUCACACAGAAAUUCCGGCCCCUCUUGCUGGAGUCUCUGUACCCGGCUCUUCAUUCCCUUGUAUCCCCCCAUCCCUUCGUCGCCUCCACUGCUCAGUCUACGUUGCGCGUUAUAACUUCUGCGACUGCAUACACAUCUCCCGCACACAUCCUCGUAGCCAACUUCGACUACGCCCUGAAUUCAUGUUCCUUACAUCUUACUCGUGCGCGCCUCGAUAUUGACGCGACGAAGGUUUUAGCCUUACUGGUACGGCUGGUGGGAAGCGAAGUGGUUGAGCAUGCUGGUGAUGUUGUUGAGGAAUGCUUUGACAGACUGGACGAGUACCAUGGAUAUAAUGCAAUCGUGGCAGGCCUGGUCGACGUCCUCGGAGAGGUUGUGCGAGCCGUUCGUACCGAACGUGUCGACGACAAGCACCCGGACAGCACUGCGAAGAGAAAUCAAGCGAUCGAAGCAUUCGAUCGAGGAGAGCAGCGAUUAGAAGGAUUCUUUCGAUGGUUUGCUCAUCGGCAUGACCCCGAUCCCCUGGCACCGGAUGAAGAUGAUUUUGGGCCUGUUCCUCAGACGAUGUGGGGUGAUGUCGAAGAUGAGAGGAAGAAAGGGGCUAAAGGUCUUUCUGAGGAUGAAGCAGAGGAAGAACAUAUUCCUCCAACUGCUGCUGAGGACGAUUCGCCAUUGACCCCCCUUCAAGCUCUUACACAACAAAUUAUCUCUCGAUCCUUAUAUUUCCUUACACACCCUUCAUCCAUGAUACGGGCUCGCAUACUCUCUCUUCUGGCUUCUUCGGUUCCAAUCCUCAGAACGACAGAAUCUUCGGUCCUCCCUUCGAUACACAAGGCGUGGCCGUUUGUCAUUAAUCGGCUUAGUGACACCGAACCCUUCGUAGUAACAGAAGCCGCGGGUCUUGUAGAGUCCUUGGUGCUGAACGUUGGCGAUUUCAUGUAUCGCCGGGUAUUGGAUGACGUCUGGCCACGGUUCCAGAGGAUGCUUUUACAGCUCGAAGUGGCGGACUCCACGAAUGCUUUGACUCGUCGCCGAGGCGGCAACAUCGGGACACGGACCCCCUAUUCGUCGUCCCAUCGGACGUAUCGAUCUUUGUUAUCAGCGUUAAGGGCGGUGGUGGAAGGCACUGAACUCGGUGAUGCUUUGGCUUGGGAUAUGACCAAGCUAUGCCGACGCUUCUUGAGUGUCCACGCCCAUCCUGAAAUCCAAUCCAUCGCAAGAGAGCUCUACAUUGGGCUAGCGCAGCACAAUCCUGACAUGGUCUGGCUCGUGCUUUGUGCAACGAUUGAGAAAAACCCUCGAUCAGUUGAUGUGGACAGUGGGAAGGAUACAGAAACCGUAUAUGCAAACAGGGACAAGAUCCCAAGUACACUUGCUUUCUUGAAGGCGGAGAGUCUUGAUAUCUUAGGGAAUGUGUGCGUUGUGCUUGAUACGAUACGAUGACACAAACAUCAGAAGAAUCGAGACCUUUGUUGGUUAAGAAUGGAGGCAUCCAAUUCAUCUGCGAGUUUGUCUUCGGCACGAUGCACAGAUGUAUAUGACGACAAGUAAUAUGGUGGUAGACACGUCUCAUUCUAUAUACUGGGUUGUAUGGAGAAGCGAGAUGCCGAGCG